AGUGAUCUGCUGCUCUUUCUACAGGAGCACACAGUGAUCUGCUGCUCUUUAUUCAGGAGCACACAGUGAUCUGCUGCUCUUUCUACAGGAGCACACAGUGAUCUGCUGCUCUUUCUACAGGAGCACACAGUGAUCUGCUGCUCUUUUCUACAGGAGCACACAGUGAUCUGCUGCUCUUUCUACAGGAGCACACAGUGAUCUGCUGCUCUUUAUUCAGGAGCACACAGUGAUCUGCUGCUCUUUCUACAGGAGCACACAGUGAUCUGCUGCUCUUUCUACAGGAGCACACAGUGAUCUGCUGCUCUUUCUACAGGAGCACACAGUGAUCUGCUGCUCUUUAUUCAGGAGCACACAGUGAUCUGCUGCUCUUUAUAAGGAGCACACGUGACUGCUGCCUUCUCAGGGCCCUACUGCUGCCUUUCUCAAGCACACAGGCUGAUGCUCCUUGAUCGUACACACAUGAUCAAGCUUUCCCUUUAUUUUCAGGGCAUCACAGUGGUCAGCGUUUCUCGGAGCCACGUGAUCUACUGCUCUUUUAAAGGAGCCACAUAGUGCAUUCUAAGUGCACUGUUGUGUUUUGUAUCAAUUCCAAUGAUCUCCUCUUUAUUCGGCCCAGUGAUUGUGGUUUGGGCACAUUGUUGAUUUUUGCGUCUGCCUUGGGCCUUUUAUAGCAGGCUGUCUGGUUUGUGACAUAGCCAAAGCUUUCUUAUUGGGGACUGGUCUAUUCUCCACGGUUACUCUCUGUUAGGAUGGCAUUUUAGGUUUGGCUCGCUUCCUUUUGUUUAUAAAUUAAUGAAUCUCUUUUUGUUUUAAUGAAUUGGGGUAUCAAUAUUUGUCUGUGUUGUUUUGGUGGUUUUUGUUGUGAACAAGAGCCAGACACUUUUUGCAGAAUUUUCCAGGUUGCAUCUCUCUUGGUGGUUUGUUAUGGAAUUUUGGGAAUGUUCCUUGGGUUAUAGAUGUAACGCCUGAUUAUACUACACGACCUAAUAGGGCACUUAUUGUGGUUCUUAAAGUGUAUAGAGUAUUUUUGCAGAUUCUAUGCAGUUUUCAAUUUGGUGUUUGUCCUUUUUAAUUUUGGUGGGCAAGCAGCCCCUCCAUGGCCUUGGUUCUAUGAUCGUUCAGAUUUUCCUUUAUUGGUAAGUAUUUCCUUUUGGUAGGGUCUUUUGUUUAGUGUUCCGAUUUGUAUACGGGUGAAGCCAGUCAAAAGUUACACAGCUCCUCACUAUUCAUUAGGGUUGUUUCUUAAUUUGUACAAUUUUCUACAUUGUAGAAUAAUAGUGAAGACAUCAAAACUAUGAAAUAACAUAUGGAAUCAUGUAGUAACCAAAAAAGUGUUAAACAAAUCAAAAUAUAUUUUAGAUUUUAGAUUCUUCAAAUAGCCACCCUUUGCCUUGAUGACAGCUUUGCACACUCUUUGCACCUUUGUCUCCAAGCUUUUGAGUGGUCUGUAGGUUUUUGUGUGCUCUAGGGUGUCAACGGUGUCAACGGUGUCAGCGGUGUCUAGAUGGAAUUUGAAUUUGUGGUCCUGGCAACUGGACCUUUUUUGGAACACCAUUAUUUUUGUCUUACUGAGAUUUACUGUCAGGGCCCAGGUCUGACAGAAUCUGUGCAGAAGAUCUAGGUGCUGCUGUGGGCCCUCCUUGGUUGGGGACAGAAGCACCAGAUCAUCAGCAAACAGUAGACAUUUGACUUUAGAUUCUAGUAGGGUGAGGCCGGCUGCUGCAGACUGUUCUAGUGAAAUGAUUGAUUCCCCCUCCAGGAUGGAGAAGCUGUCUUCAUUAAAGUAAGGGGAUUCUAUUGGGGGGAUAUAGGUAGCAUACAUGAGGACAUUUUUCUCUGUCUCUCUCUCUCUCUCUCUCUCUCUCUGUCUCUCUCUCUUUCUCUCUCUCUCUCUCUUUUCUCUCUCUCCUGUCUCUCUCCUCUUUCUUUCCUCUCGCUCCUCCCCCCUCCUCUCCUCUCUCUCUCUCUCUCUCUCUCUCUCUCUCUCUCUCCGUCCUCCAGACGUACCAGAGAUCAGUGUAAGUCACAGCAGUAGCCUGAUGGUGAUGGAGGGUGAUAAUGUAACAGUCAGCUGUAAUGGGUCAGGAGCUCCCCUCCCCGCUUUCCGACUGGACCUUCGCCGUCACACUCAUCACACACUCCUGGUUGAGCGCCCCACCCCCAGGCACGCACGCACGGAUGGACGCACACACACACGUACGCACCGGUACUCACAUGUACGCAGGCAUGCACGCAAGCUCACACAGAUCACCCUAUAGAUCUCCUCUCCUCUAGUCCUCCCGUCUAACGGUAGUGUCUAAUGUCCACCGACCCUAUACUCUCCUCUCCUCUAGUCCUCCAGGUCAACGGGAGUCUAAUGUCCACCGACCCUAUAAUCUCCUCCCUCUAGUCCUCCAGUCUAACGGUAGUCUAAUGUCCACCGACCCUAUACAUCUCCUCCCCUCUAGUCCUCCAGUCUAACGGUAGUCUAAUGUCCACCGACCCUAUACAUCUCCUCCCC